AUGCUCCUGUUCUUUGCUCUUUAUACCUUCCUAAUAGCCGCCUUUUUCACGCAACUUAGGCGCUGCUACAGCGGUCUUAACCCCCCUCACCACUGCAUAAGUAAUUUCACGCUGUCAAAACUGAGCAACAGUAGUUACCACGUAAAAAAUGACAUAAUCAAUUAUGGCAGAUUUAAAUAUGUGUACACUAUUAAGAAUCACCCCAUCCACCAUGUAACGACGAGGAUCCUUGAUCACCUGAAAAGGGAGUCUUCCUUCUGGCUCGUUUAUAACAAGUGCCCGCUGUACCAAAGCAAUUUAUGCUUUAAUGAUAUUUUGAUUAAGAACACGAAUGAUACCACGUCUGUGAGGAAUAACUUUUACUUUUCGGAUUCCCUUUUGUACAUCCCCCAGGCGACGUCCCUCUUUCCCCAUGUUUAUCACUUGCUAAGGGGAGGGCAAAAGGGGAGGCACAUUCCCCAUUGUGAGGAGACACCAAAUGGGGACAUAUCCACCAACCAAACGGUCAUACAAAAUGAAUGCACUGUUGAAGAAGAAACGGAAGAGGCAGUGUCCCGUCUCCCCUUGCGUGAGCAUUGCCAAAAUGGGGGCAUCGAAAGAACUACAAAAGGAAGCGAACAAACUGUAGAAGGGAAAUGCCACAACGCGCUGCCACAGCUACACGGGGGCACAGAAAACUUGCUCAUCAUCUCAAACGUUUUCAGAAAAGACAACAUUGACAAAUUGCACUUUCCAUUUUUUAACCAAAUGGAUAUAUAUAUAAAAAUAAAAAACGAACUGAUAGAGAAGAAGAAACAACUCCUGUACUUUCUCUGCUCAAUGCUGAACUCAAUCUUUGGCAAGACACACAAAUGGAGGAUAAAGAAAGACUCCUUUGACUUUACCACCGAUUCUUUGCAAGCAGAAGUUUAUCACAACGGCAAAUGGGUUGAAAUUUUGGGUUGUGGAAUCUUAAAGAGAAAAAUCCUCUUUCGAAAAUGGAAGCAGUAUGAUGUGGGUGAUUACUUAGCCAUAGGUUUAGGGUUGGACAGAAUAGCCAUGAUAAUGUGGGAGGUCAACAGAAUACGGGACCUAUAUUUGUACAUUACGAAUACAUGGGGGAAUACUUUAAUUACAAAAAAAAUGAACAAAGAAGGGGGAGCAAAAAGCACGAUUGGAAAUGUGAUUGAGCAUGGUGACAUUCGGGGGGGAGACACACAUGCAAAUGUAUCGGUUCAAACGAAUGGAUCAACAGUGAGGAAAGAACCCGCGGAUGAUGAGAACAUCCUAGUAGAUUCCCCCAAGUUGGAGGGAACCCAUUUGAGGAACGCAUUACUGAAUCUGUUGUCGAGGAAAAGGGAUUUGAAUCGACCAAUGAGCGACUCCUUUCUGUACUUUUUAAAUUUAUAUAAUAUACGGCACGAGGAGAGAGAUAUUUCCUUUUAUGUCAACUCGGAGUGGGACACGGAGCGCUUCACAAAAACGGUUCUUCAUUCUACAACCCCUGUGGGAAGCAGUCCUAUGCUCAGGGGGAUUAUACUUCUCGAUGUGUUCACCCAUGAGGGCUCCGGCAGGACCAGUUACACGUACAAGUUUCUGUACGCCGCGCCGGCGAGCAUACGGGAUCAGCAAACCUUCAAAGGCCUCGUCAAGGAAGAGCACGAACGGUUGGUACGUAAGAUCGUUCGCAUGUACAACGUGAGCAUUCGAUGA